AUGAAGUUCCAAAUUGAGGACGUUACAGUCUAUUUUCCGUACGAUAACAUCUAUCCGGAGCAAUAUUCAUAUAUGAUAGAGCUUAAGCGUGCCCUAGACGCCAAAGGUCACUGUCUAUUGGAAAUGCCGACAGGAACAGGAAAGACUAUUGCGCUACUCUCUUUAAUCACUAGUUACUCACUGUCCAAGCCACAAAGUCCAGUGAAGCUAAUCUAUUGCACGCGUACAGUCCAUGAAAUGGAAAAAACACUAGCUGAGUUGAAACUGUUGCAUAAUUAUCAAAUCAAACAUUUAGGACCUGCUGCGAGGAUUUUAGCCAUUGGAUUGUCGUCUAGGAAGAAUUUGUGUGUAAAUCCUAGGGUUUUGGCUGCGGAGAAUCGUGAUUCGGUUGAUGCUGGUUGUAGGAAGUUGACGGCUAGUUGGAUGAGGGCUAUGGCUGCGGAGAAUCCUAAUAUACCUACUUGUGAGUUCUUUGAGAAUUAUGAGAGGGCGGCUUCUGCCGCUGUGUUGCCACCUGGUGUUUACACGCUUCAGGACUUGAGGACGUACGGGAAGGAGAAAGGGUGGUGUCCAUAUUUUUUAGCAAGGCAUAUGGUGCAGUUUGCGAAUGUUGUGGUUUAUAGUUAUCAAUAUCUGCUUGAUCCUAAGGUUGCUGGGAUUAUAUCAAAGGAAAUGCAAAAAGAAUCUGUUGUUGUGUUUGAUGAGGCGCAUAAUAUUGAUAAUGUUUGUAUUGAAGCACUUAGUGUUAGCGUGAGGAAGCAGACACUUGAAGGGGCUUCCAGAAAUCUCUCAAGGAUAAAUCAAGAGAUUGAGAGGUUCAAGGCCACUGAUGCUGGUAGGCUGCGUGCUGAAUACAACCGGCUUGUUGAAGGUUUGGCUCAACGAGGAAACCUGGCUGUGACAGACACCUGGCUUUCUAAUCCUGCUUUGCCUGAUGAUAUUCUGAAAGAGGCAGUUCCUGGCAAUAUUCGCCGUGCAGAGCAUUUUCUGCAUGUCUUGCGUAGGUUGGUUCAAUACCUGAAAGGGCGGCUGGAUACUGAGAAUGUUGAGAAGGAAAGUCCUGUCAGCUUUGUUGCCUCUCUAAAUUCACAAGCUGGAAUCGAUCAGAAAACUCUGAAGUUUUGUUACGAUCGCCUACAUUCACUUAUGUUGACACUGGAAAUAACUGACACAGAUGAGUUCUUACAUGUCCAAACAAUUUGCGACUUUGCCACACUUGUGGGGACAUAUUCUCGCGGAUUUUCCAUUAUAAUUGAACCUUUUGAUGAGAGAAUGCCACAUAUCCCUGACCCCGUAUUGCAGCUAAGCUGCCAUGAUGCUUCCCUUGCAAUAAAGCCAGUAUUUGACCGUUUUCAAUCGGUUGUGAUUACUUCUGGAACAUUGAGCCCUAUUGAUCUUUAUCCUCGUCUUCUUAACUUCCAUCCUGUUGUCAGUCGAAGCUUUACAAUGUCCUUGACAAGAGACUGCAUAUGCCCAAUGGUUCUUACUCGUGGAAGUGACCAACUUCCAGUAAGUACCAAAUUUGAUAUGAGAAGCGACCCAGGUGUGGCAAGGAACUACGGGAAGCUCUUGGUGGAGAUGGUUUCCGUUGUUCCAGAUGGAAUUGUAUGCUUUUUUGUCAGUUAUUCAUACAUGGACGGAAUUAUUAACAGCUGGAAUGAAACUGGAAUUCUGAAGGAAAUAAUGCAACAUAAGCUUGUGUUUAUAGAGACCCAGGAUGUGGUAGAAACUACUUUGGCGCUUGACAACUAUCGUAGGGCUUGUGAUUGUGGGAGAGGUGCAGUCUUUUUCUCUGUGGCUAGGGGAAAAGUAGCUGAAGGAAUAGAUUUUGAUCGCCAUUAUGGUAGACUUGUGAUUAUGUUUGGUAUUCCUUUUCAAUACACCUUAAGCAAAAUAUUACUUGCACGGUUGGAGUAUCUGCGGGACACAUUUCAAAUAAAGGAAGGUGAUUUCCUGACAUUUGAUGCCUUGAGACAAGCUGCUCAAUGUGUUGGCCGAGUUAUCAGGUCAAAGGCUGAUUAUGGGAUGAUGAUAUUUGCUGAUAAAAGAUAUAGUCGCCAUGACAAGCGGUCAAAAUUGCCUGGUUGGAUUCUGUCUCAUUUACGUGAUGCAAACCUGAAUUUGAGCACUGACAUGGCUCUGCAUAUAGCACGCGAGUUUCUCCGAAAGAUGGCUCAACCAUAUGACAAGACUGGCGCUAGCGGUAGGAAAACCCUGUUGUCACAGGAAGACUUGGAGAAGAUGGCUGAAAGUGGAAUGCAGGAUAUGCUGUACUAAUGAUAAACUCUGAAGUUCAAAUAUAGCUUCUCCCAGUCAAUCCAAUCUUCCAAUUUUGAUGAGAAUGAAGAGUCAGGUUUUGGAGUUAGCUGUCGAUGUGAGAUGACAUUCAAGUUGCACCUGGAAACACCUUUGAUGAGGUCAAAAUCAUAAAAAGAUUUCCUAGACUGUACAGCAAAUUUACCAUGGUGGCACCAUUAACUUUUGGCUCUAAAAUGUUGUCGGUGUUAAUGCUGUAUUUCUGGGAUUGGGAUUCACUCCAGACUGGCAUUGGUCGUCCUCCACCUGCUAUGCUAGUCUGGCUGAUCAGACAACGCACUCAAUUGGGUAAACUGGGGCACAGGAAUUGUAGUGGAUAGAUACUUACAUUUCCUGAUCUGUGUACAGACCUGCAAUUUUUGAUUAGUUAUUAUUAUAGCUCUGUGUACUUCUCUGGACAUUGGAAUUUGACAAGUGACAGGAUGAAUGCCAUAUGCCAAAAUGGUUUCGGGAA